AUGGCAAUGGUUGAGCCAUCAACCAUUCACACUUUGGAAAUAGACGAUGGUCGAGAUCCCUCAGUCCAAGAAUUGAUCGACAACACCCUCGCAGCCCUCAUCCACGGACUCUCACAGUCCCCGGCAGAGGCAAGCAUCUCCAUCACCCUCAAGCGCAGAGCCAGCCCAAUUGCUUGCAUCAUCAACCCCAUCAACGGGGCAUUGGAAGCGAGUCCUAGAGUCGAAACAUACAGGAAAUACUCUUGGCCAGGAAAGACGGCAUAUGAGGCCUGGAAAUUCACCGUCAUCCUUCGAAUCCUAGCUAUAUUGGACCAAGCUAUUCGAACGGGCCAGCUAAUCUCCAAGAGAGACAUAUACUACAUCGACCCGGAAUUCUUCCGCAUGCAAUGUACCGUGGACCGCAUUGUCGAUGACCUGGCGUAUACCAUCGGAGUGAACAGAACGGCAUUGAAUGUGGAAGCAGCAGCAAAAGGACUAGUGACGGGAGAUUUUCGGUUGAUCCGUGGCUCCCACAUUUUGAUCGAUGCGCAGUCUGUCACCGAGGACAGUUUGAUUCCUCGCGUCGAGGACGGAGACGAGAUUGAUAUUUCACGGGUCCGCUGGGUACUGGUCAUCGAAAAAGAGGCAGUCUUCCACCGACUCGCGCGAAUAAGUUACCACACCAGAGCACUAGCCGGAGAAGGAAUUAUGGUCACGGGAAAAGGAUACCCCGAUUUCAUGACGCGAACAUUCCUGCGCGCAAUGUCCGACUCCGUCUCCAACCCGAGCAGACGUCCGCCCCGUUUCUAUGCCCUCACCGAUGGUGACCCCCAUGGCAUGGCCAUCAUGUCGACGUACAAGUACGGAUCGGCAGCACACUUACACCAAAAUGCUCGGCUUAGUAUACCGAGGCUGCAGUGGCUGGGUCUUCGAGUGUCAGAUAUCAUAGCAGUUCCCGAGGUACUGGGUGACACGGCUCUUCUCUCGCUGACGACGCGAGACCGCAAGAAGAUUAUGGCCAUGCUUCGGAACAGUCCUGUCUGGGCGAGCGAUGGACCAGAGCCAGAGUGGCGUGCCGAAUUGCAGCGGAUGCUGAUUUUGAAUCUGAAGGCGGAGAUCGAGAUCUUGUAUGGGUGCCAAGGGGGGUUGGAGGGAUGGAUUAAUCGGAGGAUGUUUCGGCAGGAGUAA